CAGUCGGUCAUCGAUAGAUCAACGCGAAGCCAGGCCAAAGUAGAAGAUCCUAGCGCGAUUAGAUGGCGGCAGAGCGGGAGGGGGGCGGACAACCACGAUGGAGCGGCAGAAAAGGGCAGCGGCGUAGUUUCAGCUGGACUCUGAGUGGCGUUAAAAACCCCACCAUUACAGUAACUGAGGACAGAGAAGCACGGCACGAUAUGCAGUCAUGAAGCGGGUUCGCACUGAGCAGAUCCAGUAUGCCGUGGCUCAGUACCUGAAGAGGAGACAGUAUGUGGACACCGACGGCUCCCUGAAAGGAGCCAAACUCUUCCAGUCAGCUGAGGAGAUGGCUGCCAGCCUCACAGUGCAGACAGAGUCGGGCUGUGCCAACAUCGUCUCUGCUGCACCCUGCCAGUCUGACCCGCAGCAGUACGAGACUCAGUACUCCAGGCUGCGCUCCUUUCUGUCAGAAGCAGAAAUUUCCUGGGCGAAGGAGGUGAGCAGCAUCCUCUACCCGCUCUUCGUCUACCUCCACCUGGACAUGGUGCGAUGUGGCCUGAAGGGGGCAGUAGAUGGUUUUUACAGUCGCUUCCACGGCGCCUUUCUUCAGGACAGCGAGCAGCGUGCCACCAUUGAGCAGCUCCGCCACGUUCUCACCGCUCAGGAUGUGGCAGCCAAUCCAAAGCUGAGUGCUUUCCUGGAGCACAAGUACGUGGUUCACCUGACGGAGCCGGCCUACAGCUACCUGCUGCGUUACCUGCAGAGCGAGGACAACAGCGCCCUCUGCAGGGCCCUCAGCACACACCUGCAGGUGGAGGUCACCGCCUCCAGGCGCACGGACUACCAGCUGUAUGGAGCCGCCAGCGGGGCAACUGCCGCCCCAAACUCCACCACCUCCUGGGCGGGAGUGGACGGGGCGGAGGGCAGGGAGGGGCUGGAGGUCCCCGCAGGGAUCCCACAGAGCGAGGCGGCCCUGGAGGCUCUGCAGGACUGCAUCAAGAAAGUGCGUGAGGGCCCCCCCUCGCUCACCACUGUGUGUUUUUACGCCUUCCACCACACGGAGCAGAUGCUGAACACCGCCGAGGUCUCGGCUGACAGUCGGCUGCUGGCCGCCGGCUUCGACAGCUCCACGGUGAAGCUGUGGAGCCUCCGAGCCAGAAAGCUGAAGGCCAAGCCGCAUCAGGCUGACGUGUCGCACGUCCACCUGGCCUGUGACGUCCUGGAGGAGGAGGUGGAUGAGGAGGACGGCUCCGGCAGCGAGAUAAAGACGCUGCGGGGUCACAGCGGCCCGGUGUUUCGUACCGCCUUCCUGACGGACAGCUCCGGCCUGCUGUCCUGCUCUGAGGACACGACCAUACGUUACUGGGACCUGGGCAGCUUCACCAACACGGCGCUCUACCAGGGCCACGCCUACCCGGUGUGGGACGUGGACGUCAGCCCCUGCAGCCUGUACUUUGCCAGCGGCUCCCACGACCGCACCGCCCGCCUCUGGACGUUCUCCCGCACCUACUCGCUGCGGCUCUACGCCGGCCACCUCGCCGACGUCGACUGUGUCAAGUUCCACCCCAACUCCAACUACCUGGCCACCGGCUCCACAGACAAGACUGUCCGGCUGUGGAGCACCCAGCAGGGGGCGUCUGUUCGCCUCUUCACCGGCCACCGCGGCCCCGUGCUGUCGCUCGCUUUCUCACCCAACGGGAAGUACUUGGCGUCCGCCGGCGAGGACCAGCGGGUGAAGCUGUGGGACUUGGCGUCGGGGACAUUGUUUAAAGACUUGCGGGGACACACAGACAGCGUUACCAGCCUGUCCUUCAGCCCGGACAGCAGCCUGGUGGCGUCCUCGUCUAUGGACAACUCCGUCCGGGUGUGGGACAUCCGCAACUCCCACGGCGGGACGCCAGCCGACGGCUCGUCCGGCGAACUGGUGGGACUCUACGCCGGAAACACCAGCAACGUGCUGAACGUCCAGUUCAUGGCCUGCAACCUGCUGCUGGUGACGGGAACUGCACAAGAGAAAGCAGAACAGUAGCCGAGGACGUCGGGUUUUUGUGGUCGCCGCUCAGACUGUUGUUUUGUCCUCUAAUGUCACCACCUGCCCAGGAGUCGGAUUUUUGUUUCCCUCAUUAGUUCUCAGAAUAGAGAGAAAACAAGGCUAAAUAUCUCUUUUGGUAAUUUUUUCGUAAUCCUUAAGUCUCUGUCCUAUAAAAGCUGGUUUAGAUAUUCACUUAUAGAUCAAUUAUCUUCUGUCCUGCUGGUAUUUUCACUUUACCAAAGCGUCCCCACUGGACAUCGGUAUUAAAGAAUUCCUCCGUUUCUGUGUAACUGAUGAUUUCAAAAGUGUAAGGGUCACGGUCUGGUGCCUUGGUGGUCGAAAACUGUUUUUUUUCUGUUGUCAUGCACAAGUUAAAUGAUUUAUAAAAGCAUCGUAUGAAAUGUGAUUAUUGGAAAAUAUUAUUCCUGUUGGAUAAAAUAAGAGAAAUUGAAUCUGCUAAACAUCGGUUGUACCCAACUAGAAGAUGGAAAUAUAUAUUUUGAACCAAGAAUAUACUUAAAUUACAUAA